AUGAGGCUCUCACUCCUCUCCAUAGCCUGCUUCGCGGCGUCAUCAUCACAGGCCCUUUCGAUACCAUCGCCUCAUUCUCUUUCCGCUAGACAGGUCCCCAGUAACAUUGAUAGUUCGAUUUUCCUGAGGAGGGGAUAUCAUGCUUCUGCCGUGCUGAAUGGAACGGUCUAUAUUGAUGGAGGGGAGUUUUCAUAUACAGCUGGAGGUAGCAAUGUAUACCAAGUUUCAUCAACCUUGAUCGCGAUCAGUCUCGCCGAUGACUGGACCAACGAAACAGUGUCUCUCGAAUCGAUAUCGAAGCCGAGCGGCGUCCCGAAUCUCUCCGGCGGUGGUAUAUGGGUUGACAGUGAGAAUAGCGUGCUAUAUACAGGCUUUGCUGGGCGCGUGUCCAGUUUUGGCGAAAGAACGUCCCAGCCGAAUGGCCUCUGGAGGUUUUCUCCGACUAGUGGCUCAUGGGCAAACCUGAAUAGCACGGCGGAUGCGUUUACGAAUAACUACAUACGGCCAUAUAAUGGUCUGGUAGCGAGCGGAAACGGAAAAGGGUACGCUCUUGGUGGUUUUAUCAAUGGUUUCAAUACCAGCGGGCUUCUAACCUACAAUUUCACCUCCAACGAACUGACCAACACCACCGUCACCUCGGCAGCGACAGAUGGCGGUAUUGUGCAGAUGGGCCGCAUGAUAUUUGUGCCAAAUUUCGGCCCUUCAGGCAUUCUGGUAUCCGUUGGGGGUGACCAGUACGAAAAAGUGAAAGCUGCAACAGACGACUUCAUACCCAUGGACACUGUGCAGAUAUUCGAUCCAGCAAGCGGACACUGGUAUGACCAGCCUACGACGGGCGAUACGCCACCAAAGCGAAAGGAGUAUUGCCUGGCCGGUGUCGCUUCGGACAACAGUACCUAUGAGAUAUUUCUAUACGCUGGCUGGGACGGUAAGCUCGGUGGCGGAGAGCUGCAAUACGACUCGGUAUAUGUGCUUACGCUGCCCGGAUUCCACUGGGUCCAAGCUGAUUACCCAGAACAUCACCCCCGACAUGGCUUAACUUGCGAAUCAAUCGGGGGCGGGCAAAUGCUUACCAUUGGCGGUAUAGAUACGACUCAAAUCGAUAAAGCGAACCUGUAUGAAGGACCCUUUGAGACGAGCGACCCUUUUACAAAAGGUCUCGGCAUAUUUGAUAUCAGCACUUUAUCUUGGAAGACCUCUUAUUCGUCCAGUCAAACCGUAUACACACCGUCCAGCGAUAUCCUGGACUUUUACAAGACAAAUGGUCGACUCUCAGCCUUGAACAGCACCAGUCUCAAAAGUCUAUUCUCAACGACGAACUUUACCGGAGUCCCCACGAGCACAUCAGGCUCUCCAGCAUCAUCGACACCAUCAUCAUCAUCAUCAUCAUCAUCAUCACCAUCACCAUCACCAUCACCAUCAUCAUCCUCCGACACCAAUUCCACGCACACAGGCGCCAUUGCUGGUGGUGUAGUCGGUGGUGUGGCUGGAGUAGCGCUUAUCGCCGCUGUUAUCUUUUACUUCCUUCGACGAAGGAAACAGCAGCAAAACUCGUCCGAAAGUGCUAGUGUUGGAAGACCUGGCUACGGCGAAUUUUACAAGGUUCCCGGUCGUGAACCUCAUGGAUAUGAGUCACCGCGAGAACUUGCUAAUACUGGUCUUGUUGAAGCUAGUGCUGGUAGUGUUGUACCCAGCGUUGAGUUGCCAGCAUACAAAACGCGUGUACAUGAACUUGGUUAA